CUUUCUAUUUCGUUCGUGAUUCCCGCGUUACACGCUUCUUUACUUUUCAACCAUUUUUCUCCGAUUUUUCUUCUCUUCCUCUUCCUCUUCUCUCUUUUAACAAAAAUCUCAAAACUCCAUUAACGUUCCACUCACAAUUUUAUUCACGUCCAUUCACCUUCCGUUACGUUAUUUUUGUUUUUGUAUGUUGGUAUGAAAAUGUGUUGUUGUUGCUAUUGAAUGGUACCUCAAGAGAAGAUACAUGGAAUUGGCUUUGUAAAGUGUGCAUUUGAUUGCACAGAUUAAUUAUACUGGUUUUUGUCAUUCAAGGUUCAGAAAAUGUCUUCUGAAUUUCUUCGAAUGUUAAACACUUCGGAUUAUUCAUCCGUAAUAUCUAUGAACAUAUUUGUCGCAUUGCUAUGCGGUUGUAUAGUACUUGGUCAUCUUCUCGAGGAUAAUCGCUGGGUUAACGAAUCUAUCACAGCUCUUCUGAUAGGUCUUUGCACUGGCGAGGUUAUUUUGUUGAUAAGUCGCGGAAAAAGCUCGCAUCUUCUUGUUUUCAGCGAAGAUCUUUUUUUCAUAUACCUUCUACCUCCCAUCAUAUUCAAUGCCGGGUUUCAGGUGAAAAAGAAACGGUUUUUUGUUAAUUUCAUGACAAUUAUGAUGUUUGGUGCUGUUGGUACAUUGAUAAGUUGUAGCAUCAUAAGUUUUGGUGUAUUACAAAUUUUUAAGAGAUUGGGUUUCCGCGAACUCGAUCUAGGAGAUGCUAUAGCAAUUGGAGCGAUAUUUGCCGCGACAGAUUCAGUGUGCACAUUGCAGGUGUUAAACCAGGAUGAGACACCUUUACUAUACAGCCUUGUAUUUGGCGAGGGCGUUGUGAAUGAUGCUACUUCGGUGGUGCUUUUCAACGCAAUCAAAAGUUUUGAUCUUGAACGAUUCGACCAUGGACUUGUCUUGCAAUUUUUCGGCAACUUCUUGUAUUUGUUUAUAGCAAGCACCAUGCUUGGAGUUUUGGGUGGUCUACUUAGUGCUUACAUUAUCAAAAAGCUCUAUUUUGGAAGGCACUCAACUGAUCGCGAGGUUGCUCUCAUGAUGUUAAUGGCAUACCUUACCUAUAUACUAGCUGAAGUAAGCUCUAAAGAACUUAAGAAAUAUUUUCGAACUUUACAUAUUUCGUCUAAUUUAGUUUCUUACAUAAAUCUACAUGUUCUGCAGUUAUGGUAUCUGAGUGGCAUUCUCACUGUAUUCUUCUGUGGAAUUGUAAUGUCUCAUUAUACAUGGCAUAAUGUGACUGAGAGCUCAAGAAUCACUACCAAACAUUCAUUUGCAACCUUGUCAUUUGUUGCCGAGACGUUUCUCUUCCUUUACGUUGGUAUGGAUGCCUUGGACAUGGAAAAAUGGAGAUUUGUUAGUGAUAGACCUGGAACAUCUGUUGUUGUGAGUUCAGUAUUAUUAGCCCUAGUCCUCAUUGGAAGAGCAGCAUUUGUUUUUCCCUUAUCAUUCUUAUCCAACUUGACAAAAAAAUCAGCAAAUGAGAAAAUAAGCUUUAGGCAACAGGUGAUUAUUUGGUGGGCUGGUCUUAUGAGAGGCGCCGUUUCAAUGGCACUUGCCUAUAAUCAGUUUACUAUGUCGGGGCAUACUCAACUUCGAUUCAACGCCAUCAUGAUCACAAGUACCAUCACUGUCGUGCUUGUCAGUACAAUGGUGUUUGGCAUGAUGACCAAGCCACUGAUAAGGUUUUUGCUUCCACUCGGUCCCGUUCCAAAACGGAAAAGCAGCAGGGUGAAUCUCGAAGGCACUUCACCGAAAUCAGUCACAGUGCCAUUCCUUGGAGAUAAUCAAGGUUCUGAAGUUGAGAUUGAUAGCAAUGAUUUUCACCGUCCAAGCAGCAUUCGUGAUUUACUCACCACUCCAACAUACACUGUUCAUCGGUUAUGGCGUAAGUUUGAUGAUACAAUAAUGCGCCCGGUUUUUGGUGGUAGGGGUUUUGUUCCUGUUCGUCCUACUACGCAGAAUGAAAAUGAUCAACCGCAGUGACAAUGAGAAGAAAUUAGGCUAAGAAACAUGUAAUUUGUAAUGUAGAAUGAGGGGAAAAUCAUGAGAUCAAGCAGAAUGUAUUUAUGUAAGAACCACAGUUAGUUAGUUAGUUAGGUAUAGUUCUAUGGGUAGUGACAAGUUGUUUGCCAUAGGUUUAUGUAUUUAACCGCAGGUUGUAUUUUAUUUUGGCAUUGAUAAAAAGUUGAUUCACUAAGUUAA